AUGAAUCUAUAAUACAUUCAGGUUCCUACAACUUAAAGUAGACAAUCAGUUACUUAUUAAACUACAUCAGGGAUACAAGCUAGUACUGAAAGGUAACUACUUGUGUCUAAUUUAGACGUAUAAGUGACAAUAUUUAAAACGGAAGAAAAAGUGUUUUAUUUGAAGAUAAGUAUCUGCUAUUGAAUAUUUAGACGAUACGAGGAAAUACUUCAAGAUAAUCGAAAAUUGAAAGAAGUGAUUGAAUAAUUGGAUAAGGAUAAUUAGCAAUUAAAACAGAUGUCAGGAGAGAGCUAUAAUCUUAAAUAGAAAUAUAUGAUUACUUAAGCAGAAUUGGAGGCUGCAUAAUAGGAGUUAGCAAAAUUGAGAACUCAACUCUUGAUGAGAAAUUCUUAAGAUGCAGAAUAAUCAACUCUCGUGACAAGAUACAAACAAGACGUAUCUGCAAUGACUCAACAAUAAAUCAAAUAUUAACAAGGUAAUAAGUUACUUAAUUUCAAAGAAAUAUCAUAGUUAAAUGCUAUUUUAGAAUAAUAGAGGAAAUAGGUUGAAGAGUUCUUAAGAUUAAAAAGUAAAUAUGAGCAGGAUAUCCAGAUAUAUAAAAGUAGGGCUUAGACUUUAGAAAUGGAGAUUAAAUAAGUGAAAGAGCAAAGGAACUCUACAACUUAAAAUGAAAUUUUAAGAUUGACUUAGGAAAUUGCAAGAUAUCAAUCUGAGGUAUAGAUUCGAUCAUCAGACAAAGAAUUAUAUGAAAGAACAAUACAGACUUUAAAUGAGAAAAUGAAGGAGAUGGAUAUGGACAUUCAGAUAUUGAUAUAAGCACAUAAUCAGAAUCAGUUAAAACUUGAAUUUGCUAUGGCUGAAUCAAAAAGUAAUAUGUAGUAUCAAAUUGAUUAACUAAAAUAAGAGAUGAUUUUCUAUUAAACUUAAUGUCGAUAAUGGUAGGAAAAAUGUUAAACUGCUGAAAUAUAAAAGGAGGAAAGUGAAAGAAGAAUUAUUUAGAUGGAGAUCAGAAUAAAUGAAACAAAAAAAUAAAUUGAGUAAUAGUAAAACGAUAAAAUUUAAAGGGAAAGUUAUUAAAUUCAUACUAUUCAAAAUGAGCUAGAAGUAUGGAAAGAAAAGUAUAUUUCCUUAGAAAUUAAAAUGAAGGAUUUUGACAAUUAUAAAAUUUAAAUAAUUGAAUUAGAAGAAUAAUUGAACUAUUUUAAAAAUGAUAAUCAUUAAAAGUAAGAGGAAGUAGAAAUCCUGAUUUCAGAAAUUAAAUAAUUACAAGAAUAAAAUAAUGGAUAUCGCUUAAACAUAACUUAAUUAGAGAAUCAAACCAGAAACAGCAAUGGAAGUGAUAGAUAUAAAUCUUAGAUUAGAUCUUUGGAAAACACUAUUAAUCAAUUAAAUCAACAGAUAAAUUCUUAUAAAAUUGAAACCAAAGAACUUGAGUAAUAAGUGAUGUAUCAUUAGAACAAGAACAUAAACGAGGAUUAUUUGGUAAAAGAAAAAGAUGAAGCAAUUUCAAAGUUAAAAUAUAAAUUGAAUAAUAUGGAAAAAGAACUUCGGAUUAUUUUUGAAGAGUAACUUAAAAUAGAAUAAUAAGAUUGGGAUAGACAAAAAUAAUAAUAAAUAGAUAGUCAAUUAAAAAAGAUUACAAAAAAAUAUGAAUCUGAAAUCUCCACUUUGAAGUAACAUUUUUAGUCAUUAGAAAUAGAGAAUCAAUCGUUAAACAAUCAAUAUGAACGAUUAAAGAAAGAAGGAGAAAGGGGUUUCUAAAGAUAAUCAGAAAUAGAAAAAAGUAGAAUUAUUGAACUAGAGAGAUAAAUUAUAUAAUUAGAGAAUUAACUAUCUUUGUAGAAGAAAGAAUUUUCGUUGAAAAUUGAAUAACUUAAUCAGUCCAAUCUAAAGGAGAUUUAUGAAACGUAACUUAAGUAGAUUAAUGAUAAAUUAUUGAGGGAAUAAAAUUAAGUAAAGUAAUUGAAUGAUCAAUUGAUAAUCGAAUAAAAAAGUACUUUCGAUUUAGAAAAUAGAUACUCUAAAGAAAUUAAGGAUAUUAAAUAAUAAUAGGAGAAGAGAAUUGAAAUUCAAUAAACAACAUAAUAUUAGUUUGAAUUAGAUAAUCAUCUAAGAGACUUAGAAAAACUAAGAAAGGAAUAUAGAAUGAUUGAGUAACAAUAUCAAUAAAUGGAAGUUCAGGUAAAAUUGUGGAAGGAAAAAUUCUAUGAAGAAUAAUAAAAGCAUCAAGAAAUUCGGCAAUAAUAUACAGAAAUUAGAUCUUAAUUCGAUUCUAAGCAGGGAUCUAAUUUGGAUGAAUCAAAGAGAAUAAAACAAUUAGAAUAUGAAAUAGAAUCAUUAAAAAAUAAAUGUAGUGAUUUAGACAGACAAUUAAAGGAUAAGUAAUUGGAAUUUGAGGAGUUGCGUUAAAGAAAGUAGGAAAUUAAACUUUAAACUAUUGAAGUUUCCUCAUAAUCUGAAAAACUUACGAUUUAAGAGUUAGAAUCUUAAAUAACAUCCUUAAAAUUGUAGUUGUAAUAAUUAAAUAAUUCAAAGUAAGAAGUUAUAAGAGAGACUAUAAGAGAAACAGUUCAGAUUCGAAGCUCAGAAGACAUCAAACUUAUUGAUUAACUUGAGGAAGAAUUAUAAUUAUGGAAAACAAAAUAUUAUGAGCUGGAUAGAAGAAGAAAUUAAGUUGUCGUUGAAAAAAUUAGAGAAGUUUCAUCUCUUGAAAGUGAUAGAUAAAAGAUUUACUAAUUAGAAUGUUAGCUUCAAUAAUUAGCAUUAAAAAAAUAACAAGUAAUCAGAGAGUAUGUAACAGAAAAAAUAGAGGUUCCAUUAUAGUCUGAUUAAAUAAGAAUAAGGCAAUUAGAAACUCAACUAAGUAACAUUCAAAGAGACUAUUAAAUGUUAAGUUUAAGGAAAUAAGAAACUUUGAAGGAAACUAUCACAGUUGAAGUUUCAUCUUAAGCUGAUAAAAACCGCAUCUAACAGUUAGAAACACAGUUAAGUUAAUUAUAAUCAGACUUAAUGGUUUUAAGACUUAAAAAAUAAGAAAUAAUCAAAGAGACAGUGAUAGAAAAGGUAGAAGUCUCAAUGGAAUCAGAUAAAUAGAGAAUUAAUUAGUUGCAGGAAUAGGUAGAAAGAUUACAGAGAGAUUAUUAAAUUUUAAUUAAGAAGAAAUAAGAGGUAAUAAAGGAAACAAUUACGGUUGAGGUUUCAUCUUAAGCUGAUAAAUUGCAGAUUUAGUAAUUAGAGACUUAAAUAUCAUAAUUAAGAACUGAGUUGCAAAUUGUAACAUCAAAAAAAUAAGAAGUAAUAAGAGAAGUAAUUACAGAAAGAGUAGAAGUUGCUUCUGAAGCUGAUAAAUAUCGAAUUGGAUAACUAUAAUAAUAAUUAUAGAAUUUAAAAAAUAGCUACGAGGUUCUAAGUAAAAAGAAGUAAGAAAUAAUAACAGAGACAAUCACUGUAGAAGUUCCUUCUUAAUCAGAUAAAUUUAAGAUUUCAUAGCUUGAGGCAUAAGUUUAAUAAUUAAGAUAGGAACUUCAGAUUUUAACUUUGAAGAAAUAAGAAGUUAUUAAAUAAGUAAAAAUAGAGAGAGUAGAAGUAUCUUCUUAAGCAGAUAAAUUAAGAAUUCAACAAUUAGAAUAGCAAUUAAAUAACCUAAGAUUGGAAUUUUAAGUUGCAACAUAGAAGAAAUAAGAAGUUAUUAGAGAAAUAGUUACUGAGAAAGUGGAAGUUAGUAAAGAAUCUGAUAGAAAAAGAAUUUUAGAAUUAGAGUAGGAUUUAUAUAAAGUAUAACAAGACUACAUUACUUUGAACAAAAUAAAAUCUGAAAUAAUUAAGGAGACUGUUACUAUUGAGGUACCAUCUUCUGUUGAUUAAUUUAGAAUUUAAUAAUUGGAAAUAGAAUUAUAAUAAGCAAAGAGUUAAUUAGAAUAAUAAUUCAAUUAUUCGUAAUAAGAAUAUUUUGCAUUAAACUAAAGGAUGUAAGAAUAAUAAAAGGAAAUGAUUACUGUUGAAAUACCAUCUGAGUCUGAUAAGUUUAAAAUAAGAUAGCUAGAAUCUUAAUUAUUAUCCUUAUAAGAAGAAUUAACUGAAAUUGAAGUAUAAAAUUAGAAUUUACAUUUUGAAAUCAGUAGAUUGGAACAAGAAAAUAAAAGACAAACAGAUAUUAUUUAAUAGCAAUUUUCUAUCAAGGACUUUUAGAGUUAAUUAUCUAAUAAAGAUAAAUAGAUCUUUUAAUUAUAGGAAAGCAUUUAAGGAUUACAAGUUACAAUUAGGACUCUAAGUAGAGAAAAUUAGACAAUAUCACAAUAAGCAAAUAGACAAUAAGUGUCUGAAAGGGACACAUAAACGUUAUUUUUUAUUUAUUGAUAGCAGUUAAAAGAUUGUGGAGUUAGAAACAAGAAUAUAAGGGCUUAAUCAGGAAAUCUCGAGGCAGAUAUUUAUGAAAGAUUAGAUUUAAAUAAAAUACGAUAACUUAGUUGAAAGAGUAAUCUAGAAAUUUAAUAUUUAGGCCAGAGAGUAUGAUUAAGAGAUAACUUUGCUGAGGAAUUAAUUAUAGAAGAAAAGAAAUACCUCUACAUAUGAUGGACCUAUAGCUUAUAAAACAUUUGAAAUUCAUAAAAUUGGAGAGGUUGCAAAUAAUGGGACAGGGCUAGUUUCAGGAUUCAAUUUAGAAGAUACUUAGAAAAUAAAAUCAAUAAUGAGUACACAAUAACUGAAAUCUGAAGUAUCAUUUUAAAUAUCAAACUUUUAGGAGUCAUAGUAUACUAUGAAAUCAAACUCAUUAGUAUAGUCAUUUAAUCCUUUAAGAAGUGAUGUAUAGAUUAUUUAUAUUCGUAGAUAAUUAAAUCUAAGGCUUAAUUGAAUAGAAUGGAAGAUAAGUUUUAUAAAUGA